AUGGAUGGAGACAUGCAUGGAUGGGGGGAGUGUAUGGAUGGUUUGGGGAUGGAUGGAGGGAUGGAUGGGGGGGGAGUGGCAUGGAGACUUAGUUGGAUGGAUGGAGACACAGAAGGACGGGGGGGGGAGUGGAUGGAGACAUGGAUGGGGGAGAGUGGAUGGAGGGAGACAUGGAUGGAUGGGGGGAGUUGAAUGGAUGGAGACAUGGAUGGAUGGGGGAGUGUAUGGAUGGUUUGGGGAUGGAUGGGGGGGGGAUGGAUGGAGACUUGGUUGGAUGGAUGGAGACACAGAUGGACGGGGGGGAGUGGAUGGAUGACAUGGAUGGGGGAGAGUGGAUGGAUGGAGGACACUGAAUGGAGGCCAGUGGAGGGAUUGGUAGAGAGAGGUGGAGGACACUGAAUGGAGGCCAG